CGCCGCCGCCGCCCGUCCGGAUCGCGCGUGCCGCCGUGGCGACGCGGGCCCUGCCCAAGCGCCGAGCCGCGGCAUGCCCCCGCGGCUCUGCCCGUCGCACGGACCACACGGUUUCCGCAGUCUCCAAACGGUUUAAACGCAGAGGAACCUUCUCCGUGCCGCCGCCGCGGCGAGGUCAAGUCAGCUGAGCAGCCUGAGCUCCCCACUCCAGCAGCACGGCAGCUCGCUCGCGCGCCCGCCACGGUACCAGAGCCCAGGCCACCCCCUACAAAUACGUACGCGUGCGGCCGCCCACCUGGCAGACCACACCGCGCGGGCCACGAGAAACCUUCCCCUCCCCCAUGGCGAUCCGGAUGAGCAACAACGUGAUCGUCGCGCUGAACGCGGUGACGCUGCUGCUCUCGGUCCCCGUGCUCGCCGCGGGCGUCUGGCUGCGGUCCCGCGCCGACGGCACCGGGUGCGACCACUUCCUCUCCACCCCGACCGUCGCGCUGGGCGCCGCGCUCGCGGCCGUCUCCCUCGCGGGGCUCGCCGGCGCCUGCUGCCGCGCCACCUGGCUGAUCUGGCUCUACCUCCUCGCCAUGCUCGCGCUCGUCGCCGCGCUGCUCUGCUUCACCGCCUUCGCCUUCACCGUCACCAGCAGGGGCGCCGGGGCGGGGAGCGGGGGCGGGGACUACUCCGCCUGGCUGCGGCGCCACGUCGAGGGCAGCAGGAGCUGGGCCCGGGUCCGGAGCUGCCUCGCCGUCGCCGGCGUCUGCAAGCGCCUCGAGAAGGACGGCGGCAAGAGCAAGAAGGCGGCGGCGGCGGCGCUGGGCCGCGGCCUGUCGCCGGUCGAGUUCGGGUGCUGCAGGCCGCCCGCGAGCUGCAACUUCACGUACGCGGGGGGCGGGGAGUGGACCAGGCCCGCCGGGAGGGGCCCCGCGCCGCCGGCCGACCCGGACUGCGCCAGGUGGGACAACGACGACGACAAGGUCUGCUACGGGUGCCGGUCGUGCAAGGCCGGCGUGGAGGGCGCGCUCAGGCGGGACUGGAAGCGCGCCGCCGUCAUCAACGCCGUCUUCCUCGCCUUCAUCGUCGUCGUCUGCGCCCUCAGCUGCUGCGCCUUCAGGAACAGCCGCCGGGACAACUUCGCCUACCACAGCAGCCGCGGCGGAUGGAGACGCGCCGGAGACGCCUAAUCCAACUGGAGAAUCAUCAGUUGCUGCUACUGCAGCAGCCUGUAGGUCUCCAAUGAUUAGUUUAGCUUAGCAUUUGUAGCUUGUAUAGUUGUGCUAUAGCACUUGCUGUCUGUGUGAUCAGUGUCUCAGUGGUAGGAUCUGGAUUUCUUAAUUUCCUUUUCCGCUUUGUUCAUGCAAAUAAUCAGCCUUCCUUAUAGCUGGUCAGCCUUCUAGACGGGAAUGGCUCUCCAGAACCCUGUUUGGAGCGGAACAAUUCGGCCAAUAGCAACUCUUAUGCCAUUCUCCCCCUGAAUCACUUCUCUGUUUGAAUA